CGCAUUUUAACCCUUUAUUUUGAAUUGGGGGUAAAAUCGCCGAAGAAAUCGCCAUCACCGUCAAGAUCUCUCAUUUCUUUUCCCCAAAGACAGCAGCUUUAGUUUUUUUAUUUAGUAUAUAUAUAAGGAUUUGUCGGGCAGCUGUUCUUAAUCCUCAAGACAAAAAAAUUCCCAGAGAAUGACCAUGAGAUAGGAACAAAAAUAUCUUAUUUUUCUUCAGUUUCUCCCUGAAUAUCCAAGUUGUUUGCUUGGAUCUCUCAGCAUUGUGGAAUAGGUAGAAGAAAGGAGAAUCUAUAUAUAUAGUGUUUUAGACCACAAUGCCGGUUGCGAGUGUUGCAGUAAGCCCUGUGGUUGAAGAACAUUGUAUGGACCCACAUUCGCUGCAGUUGAACGAAUCGAUUUUGAUUUACCUGACUGUUGGCGGGACUGUGUUCCCGAUGCAUGUUCUUGGGUCGGAUUCGAUUGCUUCUGUGAAGCUUAGGAUCCAGAGGUACAAUGGGUUCUUUGUGAAGAAGCAAAAGCUUGUUUGUGGGGGGAAAGAAUUGGCUCGGAGCAAUUCCCUAGUGCGGGACUAUGGUGUCACUAACGGGGAUGUAUUGCACUUGGUUCUCCGCCUAUCUGACGUACAAGCAAUUACUGUUGAGACUGUUUGUGGGAAGGUUUUCGAGUUCCAUGUAGAAAGAAAGCGAAAUGUGGGGUAUGUGAAGCAGCAGAUUGCUAGGCGGUGGGAAGGGCUGUUUGAUCUCAAGGAUCAGGAAUUGAUCUGUGAUGGCGAGGAGCUCGAAGAUCAGAGGGUCAUAGAUGAUAUUUGUAGAAGCAAGAAUGCUGUGCUUCACUUGGUGGUUCGUCGAUCAGUAAAAGUUAGGGCUAAGCCCGUUGAGAAAGAUUUCGAAGUUUCUAUUAUAGCUCGAGAAUCAGAUGAUGAUAUUGUAGAAAAUCCCUCGGAGAAGCUUAAGGUUGUUGCUGUCAAACCCGUGCAGCAAGAUUUCAUCUUGCAGCCACUGACUAUUAACCCAGAGAUAACGUUAACACCAGGAAUUAAGCAGCUAAUUCGUGACACUUUUGAAGGUUUAGAGGGCGGGAACCAACCGAUUAGGUCUUGUGAAGGAUCGGGAGGUGCAUAUUUCAUGCAAGAUUCGUAUGGUCAUAGGUACGUCUCUGUUUUUAAACCAAUCGACGAAGAACCUAUGGCUGCAAAUAAUCCCCACGGGCUUCCCUUGUCGACAGAUGGGGAAGGGUUGAAGAAAGGCACGCGUGUAGGGGAGGGGGCGCUAAGGGAAGUUGCGGCUUACAUUUUGGAUCAUCCAAGGGCCGGGCCACGAGCAAUCCAUAGCGACGAGAAGGGUUUUGCUGGGGUUCCCCCGACAGUAAUGGUCAAAUGCCUGCACCAAGGGUUCAGCUAUUCACAUGGAUAUAAGUAUUCAUCUAACAACAUCAAAACCGGGUCGCUGCAAAUGUUCAUGGAGAACUCGGGAAGUUGCGAGGACAUGGGUCCCAACGCUUUUCCAGUGGAGGAUGUACAUAAAAUCUCGGUGUUGGACAUACGGUUGGCAAAUGCAGACAGGCACUCGGGCAACAUUUUGGUCCGUAAGGAUGGUGAAAAAGGGCGAGUUGUGCUUAUUCCAAUUGAUCACGGUUAUUGCUUGCCAGAAAGUUUUGAAGAUUGUACAUUUGACUGGCUUUACUGGCCUCAAGCAAAGCACCCGUAUUCGCCAGAGACAGUCGCCUACAUAAACAACCUCGAUGCUGACAAGGACAUCGAGCUUCUCAAGUUUCACGGGUGGGACCUUCCUGUUGAAUGUGCACGAAUACUUCGUAUCUCCACUAUGCUUCUGAAAAAAGGUGCGGAGAGAGGGCUUACCCCUUUCGCCAUCGGGAGCAUCAUGUGCAGAGAGACAAUAAAGACGAAAUCCGUGAUCGAGCAGAUUGUUGAAGAAGCGCUUGAGGCCAUUCUCCCCGAGACAAGCGAGGCAGCGUUCCUCGAAUGCGUUUCAUCAAUCAUGGACCGCCGCCUUGAGGAGCUGCCAGAGUCACAGAAGAAGUAAACAUACAGACAAGUACUAAGAUAUAUAGCUUAUGCAUAUAUAUAUGUUUUAACUUAUUGUGGAUGAAGGUUAAACAGUAAAUAGUAGUGUUCCAUGCUUUCACCUCUUGUGCUCAAGAAUUGUUCAUUUCUAGUAAAGAACUGUCUUGUUUGAAAUGUCAUAUGUAUUCAUCUGUCCAACAAUAAAAAUUUUCAGGUCAUUUAGAAUGUAAGUUCAUCCUCA